AUUCUAGUUUAACAUAUUUAAUUUUUUUCAAUGGCAGUUAUUUUGUAGAUGUCACCCAUUUCGUCUUUCAUUUCGACGUUUUGGUAUCAUGGCGGCCGCGGUCGGUAGGAUUUGUGGAGCACGGCUUUUGAAAAAUUAUAGCCAAAUAGCUCCUCAGGUUUGUCAGCUGUCCACGAGUUCUCAAGGAUGGACGAGAAACAGAAAAUUGUUAUUGUCAACAUUAGGGGUAGUUGGAGGAGGAGUAGGGGCACUGCUGUUUGCCCUGGAACAAUCAGUGCAGGCAAGUGGUAGUGAGGCGCACCCUUACCACUUACCAUGGAGUCACGACGGCUGGUUCAAAUCGCUAGAUCAUGCCAGCAUUCGACGCGGUUAUGAAGUAUACAAACAAGUGUGCAAAGCGUGCCACUCGCUGCAGUACAUUGCUUUCCGAAACCUGGUUAACGUCACCCACACUGAGGAACAGGCUAAGGCUGAGGCAGAUGAGGUAAUGAUUAGAGAUGGUCCUGAUGAGGAAGGAAACUUCUUCGAUCGGCCAGGCAAGCUGUCCGACUACUUCCCGUCGCCGUAUCCCAAUGAGAAUGCGGCGCGAGCGGCAAACAAUGGCGCGUACCCGCCGGACCUGUCGCUGAUCUGUUCGGGCCGCAAGGGCGGCGAGGACUACAUCUUCGCGCUGCUCACCGGCUACAUCGACCCGCCCGCCGGCGUGGUGCUGCGCGAGGGCCAGAACUACAACCCCUACUUCCCCGGCGGCGCCAUCGGAAUGGCGCAGGUCCUCUUCAAUGAGGCGGCGGAGUACUCGGACGGCACGCCGGCGACGGCGUCGCAGAUGGCGAAGGACGUGGCCACGUUCCUGCGCUGGUGCUCGGAGCCGGAGCUGGACGACCGCCGCCUCAUGACCAUCAAGGCCAUUGGUAUGUUCUCGCUGCUGGCCGCUAUCGUCUACUACUACAAGCGGCACAAGUGGAGCACGAUGAAGUCCAGGAAGCUAGCCUACAAACCCGUCUCUAAGAAAUAAAGCCGCCGACUACAUUAGUAGAUUAAAAUCUUUUAGACAAUUUUUUUUUCGAUAGGCACAGUAACAUGUUAAUUGUUUAUAAUUAAAUUAAUUUAUUUUAUAUUUCAUCAUGGUUUUCUUCGGUCGCUUCGCUUGUUACCAUACUCUAAGGUCCGAUAACGAUGCAAUUAUAUAGUGAGUUAACGUACGUAAUUUUAAUGAUUGUACCUCAAAGUACGGAGGGUUAGCACAGGUGAUCAGUUCAAACUGUGCUUGUGAUGUUUCGGGAAGAUAUAGCUGUGUGUACAGUCAGUAUCAGUGUACAGUUGAAUAAAUGAGUUAUUGAAAAUCGA